UGCGACAGAGCUAAGCGUCCCUUCAGUCGAGGCGGAGGCGUUUGUUGUGUUGGAUGCUAAAGCAGCAGUACUCGCUUAUAUUAAAACAGUCCGUGCCUUUGUUUAUGGUCAUUUAAAUGCACUCAAAUAGUGUGUUAAAUUAGUUAGGCCAAUAUGCUUGGUACAUUGCGAAGAAGCUGUGCAGCCUUGUUUAAACAACAAAGCCCAGAAAUUGGACGAGGGUUUAGACAGUCUUGCGCUUUCAGAAGUGACGAUGGACUUACAGGAAAAGACAGUAGUGGUUAUACCUACGGUGCAAGACAGCAAAAUGGCUUUCGCCGUAAAACGGAGAUUUUGAGAAGGCAUCCAAGAGGACUAUCCACUGCACACUCUUCAACUGCAGUCCCACUUGCAGCUUGUGCAACUGCUGUUACCAAAGAUGAAAGCAGGGAGUUCAUGGCCCUCUUUCCGGAUGUUGUCCGGGAUUUGACGGAUGCUGGAAGACACUUAGAUGUUCCGGAAGUUACAAAAUGGUUUGCCAAGGUUCUUCAAUACAAUGUUCCUGGUGGAAAGAAAAACCGUGGACUGGCUCUUGUGUAUUCUUAUCGUAUGCUUACUCCAGAGAGUCAACGAACUGAAGAGAAUAUUCGUCUUGCGCAAAUUAUGGGCUGGUGUGUUGAAAUGCUCCAAGCCUUCUUGCUUGUAAUUGAUGACAUAAUGGAUGGUUCAUCAAUGCGCCGAGGAAGACCUUGCUGGUACCGCCAAAAUGGAAUUGGUCUGGCAGGUAUUAAUGAUGGUUUGUUAUUGGAGAUGGGCCUGUACCAGUUGCUGCGAAGAUAUUUUCAGAACAAACCAUACUACAUGCAGGUUGUUGAGCUUUUCCAUGAUGUCACUCUGAAAACUCAUAUGGGGCAAGCUCUUGAUCUCUCAACAUCACAAUCAGGAAAGAAACCAAAUUAUGCAAAAUUCACCAUGGAUCGCUACAAUGCUAUUGUGAAGUACAAAACUGCAUAUUAUUCAUUCCACCUACCAGUUGCACUUGCACUGUAUAUGGCCGGUUACAAUGAUGAGGAAAUGCACAGACAAGCAAAAACAAUUUUGUUGGAAAUGGGUCAUUUUUUCCAGGUUCAAGAUGACUUCUUGGAUUGCUUUGGUGAUCCAGAAAUAACAGGAAAAGUUGGAAGCGACAUUGCUGAUGGGAAAUGCUCCUGGUUAGCUGUUGUUGCAUUACAACGAGCAACCCCAGAGCAGAGAGCAUUUUUUGAGGAAUGUUAUGCCUCCAGAGAUCCUGAAAAAGUAGCUGCUGUCAAGGAAUUAUAUGAGCAACUAGGAAUACCAACAACCUAUGCUAUUUAUGAAGAAGAGAGCUAUAACAUUAUCAGCACACACAUUCAACAAAUGUCACGAGGACUGCCUCACCAGUUAUUUUUCAAGUUCAUGGAGAAAAUAUAUAGGCGGGAAUGUUAAAAUAAUCAUUGUAAAUGUAUUGUUGAAAUAAGCCUUUGAGCACAAUAAUGAGAAACAAUGUGAUUGUAAGAGCUAUGUACAGUAGCUUUUCUUUUGCCUCACUCUCAAAUAUAAGAUAAUACUAUAAUGCUGGUAUCUAAAUUUAUAAACCAUUAGAACUUAAAUAUAACUGGAGUAAGCUAACAAUCUUAAUGUUGGGCACCCUGCAAACAACUUUUGUUGUUCAGUUUUAAAAAAAAAUUGGAGAAUCGUGUUCCAGCAAGAGACUGCAUCCGUUGUUCCUAUUUCACUGUUUCACAUUUUGUGUAAUAAAGUACUAAGAGUGAGUAUCUGGUACAUUCAGAACUGUAAAGUAUUUAUCUUGCCCCUUUAUUGUACAACUGUAAGUGCUUGGAUUUAAUUAAUAAUGAAAUUAACGAAUAUUUAAACAUUGCAUGAGAGCAAAGACUGGAUGUUUUUCUGAAAAUUACGAUUGCCUUGCUAACAUACAGAAACAUGAGUCAAACUCUUGUGUUGUGUGUGAGUUUUUGAGUUUCCAAAACAGCUGCUAAAUUUAUAAUUGUAAAUAUGUUUUAUAACAAAGUUCUCGUUAUGGCUGUGUCAACAAGAUGCACAUGAAACAUGACUAUUGUUAGGGCUAAAAUGUCUGGAGUUUAGGAAGUAAUUCAGAUGCAGCCAAUUCCAGGGUCAGAUUUUGUUUCCUAAUGGUAUUCCAGUGAUGAACGCUAGAUUGAUAUGAAUUUUGUUUCAGUUGUUUCAUUUUCUCUGUUCUAUUGAGUUCCGUGGUCCUGAAAAUUCACACAGGUGCAGGUGAUUGCUGGAACAGCUUGUUUCAAAGUUUGACUUAAUUAUUUCUGUUUUGAAAUACCGUGUGUGUGUUCUUUCUUAGGUGAAUGGUUCAGCUAAAUGGACUGGAGCCAUUUAACAAGUGAGAAUGUUUAUAGCCAAUGAAGAAAUACAACAGUAUUUUUGUAGUAAAUGUGCUGUAGGUUCUUGCGUGUUUUGUACUUGUAAAUAAAAUUUUGUAAUAAAAACUGUGUUUAUAGAAAA